AUGGCGCUGCGAAUGACACUUCCCUUACGCCCCCUGAGGCCCGCACCGACCUUCGUGCAUGAGCGCGACACUCCAAAGAGUCCAGUUGGAAGCGAGGAUGAGAAUGAGGAGGAGAAGAAACCCGGUGCGACCAUCGGCGCGCAGACCCCAGUCGACAACAAGGAGAGCGUCAUAGACAUAUCCUCGCUGAACAAGGCGCUCCCUACCCAGAACUACACCGGCCACUCCAACUUGAAGGGCCUGCCCGGUCUCGAUUUCGGCGUCGACUUCCACGCCCCGAUUCUCGCUUACCGCUACUCCGGCCUGAUGGCCAACAUCAUCUUCCCCUUUCAGGAGAAACGUUUCGAGCCCUCGCAGGGCGGACAGAUGCGUGCUGCUGCGCGCAUCAAGGAGGUGAUGGAUGUCGGCGUCCGAACCUUUGAGGAGAACCCCGAGAUUCGCACCUUGCACGAGGUCUGUGAGCAGACUUUUGGCAACCUGCGCAUGGUUCAGCCGUCGUGGAGAUUCUCCUUCUCCCUUCCAAAGAUCACGCAGAUCAUCCGCAAGAUCAUUGAGGCGCGCGAGCGUCAUCUCGACAAGAAUAAUGGCGUCACUGAGACUGCCUACUUCUUUUUUCCUUUCUUGAAGGCGAUUGACAAUUUCCGCGAGAAGGUCUAUGCCGUUUUGCAGUACCGACAGCAGGAUGCCGAGGUCAAGAAGAAUGCGAAGCAGUCCCGUGGCCUCAAGCGUUCCCGCGAUGGCGACUCCGAUGCCGAAGAGAUUGCGGUAUUGUCGUGA